AAGCAGCUGCGCAAAAUAUUUGGCAAUCAAUUGAAAUUGGGAGCACAAAGUGAUGUCAGAAAAAUUCGAGCGAAAGCUGGUAACCAGUUUAUAAUUUUAUAAAUUAGCAGUUUUAUACAUAUUGGCAUCGUAUACUUCGAAUUAGUUUGAAUCACAAAGGCAAACAGUGAAAAUGUUGCACACAUUAGAAAAAGUGUUUUGCCUAAGCCUUCGAACCUUCGGUUUAGUUAUUGGAUGGUUAGGUGCGGCUGGAUCCUCUCUUAUGAUAAUUUUGUCGGCCUGUGCUUUAGGAUAUUCUAACGAAAUCGCAGAUUACAUGCUGCGGUCGGCGAAAGUUCCUAUUGAUGCGAAUAACCAUGCUGAUGCCAAUUCAGAUGUUGUCUUGCUUGGAACCAUUUACUUAGUUUCUUCCCUCAUUGGUGUCUUGGUUUCAUUUUUGCUCAUCUUCGGCAUACUGAAGAAUCGCUAUCUGGCAAUUUUGCCCUGGUUGAUCGUUAAUGGCACAGGCUUGGUGCUGAACGUUUUAUACUUAAUAGGCGCAUUCUAUGCCAUGUUUGUAGGUCCACCCGAGAAUAUUAUAAGGUUCUUCGUACCAUUAGCAUAUUUCGCUCUUUCCUACUACAUAUCCAGUGGGAUAUGCUCUCUGUUCAAACAAAUGAGUAAGAGUAGCCGACACCAACCUCUGGAGUAGCACUAGUGCAACAAAAAGCUAUCUUUGGUAAAACCUGAGUUUGGGAAGAAUCAUCUUCAGAGCCAACAUCAGCUAGAAUGGAUACCAUGUUUAUUUUUGUUUUUUUUUUUUUUAAAGCGAGAAUGAUUUAAAAACUUAUUACAGCUUAGAUACAACCUCAACAAAAUAUAUACAUAAAUUAUUUCUUUUCAGACAUUUUGUAACUCUCACUGCCGAGUGUCAUUUUAACAAGGUGAUCGUCUGUAGUGUUUUCAAAAUUUUUUGGUAUAUUUUUAUGCUUACUUUAAAUAAUCUAUUAUUCCUUAUUCAUGAAAUAAAUAAAGAUAACAUGGUAUUUU